AAACUACGCUUCCCACAAGCACCAUCGGCAUGACCUCAUCGCGCACGGAUGAAAACAGCCGCUCGACAGUAAUUUCAUCGCGUUUACAAAUCGGACAAAUAUAUUCAUUUAGUCUGUGCAUGUUCUGCGUGAAAGUGUCACUCGUGCAGUAGAUCAAUGGCGGGAUGUGAGUGGCGUCUGUCGCUUAAGCUGCUGGAUCAACCUUCAGUGCCAAAGUCUGUACUGCAGUUUCCAGAGACUGAACCUGGAGAUGUUCCUCCCGGAGAGUAUCGGGUCUCUACUCUCAAACAGCUCGUUUCUGCACAAAUUCCCGAUGAUAUACCAGAUCCAGACCUCAUAGAAUUGGUGUAUUGUGGAAGAAAGUUGAAAGAUGACUCAACUUUAGAGUCGUAUGGGAUUCAGUCUGGAUCUACUGUGCACAUCCUGAGAAAGUCAUGGCCAGAGCCGGAGAUCCAACCUGAGCCGGUGGACAAGGUUGCUGCCGCCAGGGAAUUUCGUGUUUUACAGGCAGCCCUUCACUCCAGCACUGCAUACAGAGACUCGGUGUUCAAGAUGCUGAACAACAAGGAAUCUUUGGAUCAAAUCAUAGUUGCGACACCGGGCCUGAGUAGAGAUCCAGUGGCUCUAGGGGUGCUUCAAGACAAAGACCUCUUCGUGCAAUUUACAGACCCAAACAUGCUUGACACGUUGGUCAGUUCCCAUCCUGCACUGGUCAAUGCCAUCAUCCUGGUGCUUCACUCAGUGGCUGGCAGCGUGCCACCCCAGCAGAGCGCCAACUCCUCCAGAAAUGUGUCUUCUAGCUCUUAUAGUGACAUGCCAGGUGGUUUUCUCUUCGAAGGAACGUCUGAUGAUGAGGAAGAAUUCCAAUCGGGAAAUCGGGGUGGACCGUCCAAUCUUGCUAGUGGUUUAGCAGGCAUGAGACCAGCCUCUCUUGGUUAUAAUGGAGCCGUGGGCCCCAGACCCAUCACUCAAAGUGAGCUGGCCACAGCUCUGGCCCUUGCCAGCACCCCCGAGAGCAGUGCUGCCACACCAACUACAGGAAACCAGUUACAGGGUCCCUCUUCAGGUGUGUCCCCGAUCCCUGCAGGGACCCCCAUAACAAAUGAUCUAUUUAACCAGGCCCUACAGCAGGCACUACAGGUGUCCAGCAUAUCCAGCUUACAGAACCAGUGGCAGUCGCAGCUCCAACAGUUGCGGGACAUGGGCAUCCGUGAUGAGGAGCUCAUCCUAAGAGCCCUGCAGGCCACGGGUGGAGACAUCCAAGCUGCCCUGGAGCUCAUAUUCGCUGGAGGAGCACCAUGAGUCUGUUCUGUUGAAUAAAACAACCCCACCUCAAAUAAUAUAUGAGUAUUUUAAACUCUUAUUCUAUAGUAUCAUUUUUAGCUUAUAGUUGUCGUACGUACGUACAUUGAAUAUGUGUAUGGUACAAGACACUAUCGGCUGUCUAAAGAUUGUCUUAAAAAAAUCCACAUUUUUAUCCUCUUGUUGUGUUAAUACACUGUUUUGUUUAGUUAUUAUUUUGGGACAUAUUUAUAGAAGCUAAAAGUUUAGGUUUGCCUGACAAUCGUUUAUUUAUUAAACUAUUACAUAAAUGCCAUAUUGUUGGUGUUGUAUAUUUGGCAGAUGAGAUGAAGAAAAGCAACAUGUGACUGCCCCACAUACUGUAUACAGUAAACCCAAUGAACUAACCACUACACCACUGGGCCUUUGGGGUGAAGCCAGUUUGAAUUGAGAGCCUUUCAAUGCUAAAGUGUGCCCCGUUAUAGCUGGGGGAACAUAUCCUGACAGCGGGGAAGGUUCCUGUCAGAUACUGUUCCCCCUUUGCUCUCACAUUUACACUGCUGACUUUCAACACUACAAGAAGAGUUCAGAGUCCAAUGACAUUUACAAAGUAAACCCACUGCACUAACCCUUUGACCACUGAGCAUUUGCUUGGUUAGGAGCCUUUCAAUGUUAAAGUUUAGCCCAUUACAUUAGGAGGCACAUAUCCUGACAGGUGAGAAUGUUACUGUUAGAUACCGUCCCCCCUGUGUUCCAUUAGAUAGAAAGUUCAUAGUUGUCUCACAUUAACACUGCUGAUUUGUAACGCUACAACAAGUGGGUUCUCUGUGUUUCUGUCAGAUAUCACUAAACUUUCCAUCAUAGCAGAAGAACUUAUCCGGAUAAGUAAGGUAAAGAAGGCCAUCCUCAGUCCAACAGCCUGCAGCCCACAAACCCAAUGCUUCAACCACUGGGCCUUUUCGUUAGGGUCGGUUUGAAUGUGCAGCCUUUGAAGGCUGUUAUGUAUUCCCUAGUCUAGGGUUAAAGGAAUAUAACAAACGUAGCGUGGAGAGAGAGAGGAGUACUGUGGUCUCUAGGUCCCAAGGCGUCACACAGGUUUAAGGUUCAAGUAUAACAAAGGUUUUAUUGACAAGUCCGUCAAACAGAACUUGAGGAGGGAGAUCAGCCAAAAUAAGAAAACAAAGUUUUUACUUCCUUAGGGGUUUGGAGUCUAUCUGCCCAGUCGACAAAAGAGAAAAAAAGACAAACCACUACCUUGCUAUAAAAAAACAGGUGAAAAGUAUUUUGGAGAAAAACAAAAGGUAGCACCCCUCCUUUGUAUUUAAUAAAGAGAUGAUAAAAUUAGUUGAGUGGUAAAUUGGAACCUAGCUCAGCCUUAGGCACAUUAACAGACAAUAAAGAUAUAGGGGAGAAAAAAAUAAUAAUCAAAGGCUACAUAAACCACACGUGCUAGGUUAAGACCUCACUGGUCUCAAAAUGGUUUACAGUGCAUAAACCUAAUGCACUAACCACUACACCACUGCGUUAGGUUGGAGCUGGGUUGAAUGUGGAGCCUUUCAAUGCUCAAGUUUGAUGACCACCUCGAUGAUGGGCAAAGGGGUGAGAGGACUGGGGGAGGGCGUUUGGGCGAUGUGUGCUGACAAGUGGGGCAGCUCUGGCAGAACCUUUUCACCACCGCUUCGAGCCCCGGCCAGUGGAAUCGGUCUCCAAUGCGGCUGGGCGGUGUUGGCGGUCCCCAGGUGUCCGGUCAUAGGGUGAGUAUGUGCCAGCUCCAGUAUGGCAGCCGUCUUUGUUUUCGGGACAACCAGUAAAAGCUUUUGCUCCCCCCGCGUACGAGAGAGGGUGCGGUGCGGGCUGGCGGAUCUCUUCCUCCAAUCUGCACCUUUUAGCAAUUUCACAGUCGCUCAUCUUCCUGUUGCUCUCUUCCGAAAGAACCCCCGUGGUCACCUGCUGGAGGAGGUCUGAGAAGAGGUUAGUCGACGAAAAAUUGCACUCACCCUCCCGCUCGCUCUCGGUGGCCAUCAGGACCGGCCAGCCAUUUCGUGGUCCCUGUUGCCGGCGUCCCGACCCAGUAGUACUGGUACAAGGAGAUUGUGGACGACCCAACCUCCAGCGGCCAGGCUCCAGGUCUGGCUGAGAUGGUGACAUGGCGCGCUGGCACACUGUGGGUGUCGCCAUGGACGCAGGUUAUUGGGAUCGAGGUCUUCCCGUUGGGCCGUGGCCGAACCACACUGGGUUGUACCAGAGUCACGGAGCUUCCUGAGAUGGCUUGCCAUCGAUGCGGACGGUUCUUUCCGGGGCUCUGGAGGGAAGCGUCUGGUGCACGACACAGCCGGCCAGCCAGGCCCGGGGCCCCAGGGAAGCAAGUUCCGUUGGCAUCGGCUCGUCCGGGGGAGAGGGAGCCAUGGGUCUGCCUACUGGCCACGAGGUGCCCUCCUGUGUCGCCAUCCAGUGUUCACCCUCCGGGGUGGGGCCACCGCUAUCUCUCCAGCAUCGCGGGCGGAAGAUGCCUCUGCCAGUUCUCACCGGCGUAUGUUCAUCGUAUGUCCACAGGUGGAACUGCUGAGCUGCGCCGACCAGGGAUAACUCGACCCUGGCGAGGAUCUCAUGCUUCAGGGUGUCAAAGUCUUCAUUGGCAGGGGGCUGGAGUGAAAAAAUAGGCGCGCUUGUGCCUUGCCAGUCAGGAAGGGAGACAGCAUUCUAGUCCUCUCCGUCUUAUCCCACGCCUCUCAGGUAGCGAUGACCUCGAAGGUGUGCAGAUACACUUCGAAAAACAGACAACCUGCUAAACUUAUCUGGUAAGACAAGAAUAUAAUGUGAAGCUUAAAGAUCAAGUUUAUUCAUCUCUGUCUAAUCCUCUAUGUUGUGUUGAAGUCUUUGAUUAUUUAUGUCAUGUACUACAGUAUAAAUAAAAUAUCUGAUUGUGAUGUACAGUGCUGUGUUGAGUUUUAAUAAUCGUUAUACUGUGCUUUAUACAUAUUUGAAUAGAGAAUUACUCCAAUUAUGCAUAAAAUUGAAUCAUUAACGCACAGAUUAAAGGUGAAGUUGGUAACAAUUUUGCAGUAAAAUAUCCAAAAAUCACUAGGCUAGUGUUAUAUAUUUUGUUCAGCUGAGUACUUACAAUAUCUCAAAUGUUUAAAAACUACUUGUAAAUCGUGAGAAAAUCCCCAUUCUAAACAGUGACACGGGGCUGGGCAGUCACCUGUCAAUGGCGUCAUAUCCGUGUUACCCUUUGUUACCGCCUUUCAUGACGUAGAAACCGCAUGACAACAGUGUCGUGGACAAAUGCGGAAGUAGUGUCUAGCAAGCCACUAGCUUUUUUCGAGCAGUCACCUAUUUAUGGACCACAAUUAUUCCCAACAAUUAUAAAACUUUACCUCAUCCGCUAACAUGAUUUCUCUUUCCCGUCUGAUUGAUGGCCAUCAGCGGUGGAGUUGAAGACAACAGAUCCCAUUAUUCCACGCUCCUUCACAGCGUCAUCAAGCUACAGCAUUGUUGUUGUUUUGAUCGUGAUCAUGUGUUUUUUACAAACUGCACCUUUAAAUCACUAAUUAAUUUAAUCCUCCAUGUGAGGGAUGAUAAUUGUUUAAAUUAAAUAAAAAUGACUGUUUGGUCAUUAGGACGUGCUCAUCACGUUCAAGAAACAUUAUUUGGUACGUCAAUGCGACGAAUAUGGUAGGUUCCAGGUAUAUCUUCAGGAGGUAAUCACCAUGUCCCCGCAAUGUCCAAUGUUACGUCAUCACGACGAAUAUGGGAAUCACAAAGUAACGGCGCUGGAACUUUAUUUGGUACGUCGCUGCGAAGAAAAUGGUCCGGUCCAGGUACGUCGUCACAACGUAACUGUGUUAGCUGGGUAGGGUAUGCUAGCUAACUUUGUCAGUUAUACAACUAGCAGUUAACUAUCGGCCAGAGACUAAACAGAAAGGAAACUGUUUGUCAUCUCUUCUUUAGUUGUCACAAGUGCAUUAGUAUAAAGGGGAGAGGGAACAGUGAGAAGGCUCAUGUCAUAUGUCAGGUUUGUGUUCAAGUAAAUGUAUUUGCUAACGUUUGCCACUGUUAGUACAUGCAGGCAUCUAUAACGUUAGAUGUAUACGCUCUCAGUUUAUCUUUACACUUGGUUUCUCUUUCUGGUAGGUGUAGAUGUAAGCCCACUUAACUGGAGGUAAUCCUGUCAGUUCCAUUGUGAUCCAUUGAGUGAGCGCGUACAGGUCAGCAAGGUUCCUUGCGUUAAAGUUAACUUUUUCAAAACAAUCGCGGUCCUAGACAGUGAGUGACCUUACAUGUUAAAAUUUAAUCUGAUUUUUUUCUUGUCAUUGUCAAAAAGCAAGCAAAUAAAACGUGCUACCAAGCAUUAGUAAUGCGAUCAGGGGGAUCUUUCUGCCUCCACCGCUCCUCCCACAAAAACGCGUCACAAUGUUUACUAACAGUAAAGGCGUCUAUUUAUGUCUCACCAAGAAUCAAAAGUCAGAGUGUCCAGGGGCCUGUACCAUGAAUGUAUCUUAACAAACUCAGGGUUACAGGAUUAGUUUUGGGUUGACAAAACCAAACCAACGUGAUCAAGCUUUGUUGGUACCAUGAAGCAGCUCAUAGAGUUUCUUUGUCAACUCAAGCUUGGAUCCUGCAGCUAAGAUUAGUUCACACUUACGUGCACAUGAGCGAGUGACAUCGGCAUUGCCAAACAUUUAACAUGGAUAGAAGGAUUUCUGUAUGUUUAUCAGGAAACAAUAGUAGUUAGGCUACACAAAAAAAGAAUUUCAGUCCUCAAAGCACUGACAUAACACAAAUGCAUUAGGGAAUUAUAUAGGCAUAACAGCAUUAAAAACAUCUUAAAAUCUACGCCUAAUGUAUGACACAUUAUUUAGGUGAAUUCUAAGUGUACUUGAUUUUAGAAAAAAGGAUAGCAGUGUUAAAAGAUAUGUGAUGUCACCUGUCAUUGUAUGGUUUUGUCUGUAUCUUACUGUAGCUGUUUAAUAGAAGGCUUCUUUAGUGGACAAAGAAGAUAAAUGUCCUGAUAACACAGUGAAACUGAAAGUGUUC